AUGAUGACAAGAACAACGAUCACGUCUGUCAAUCACGAUAACCAAGAUGAUCUGGUUCAGACGAAAACUUUAUUUCGACGAUACUCAAAAGGUCCAAUUAUGUUCAAUGGCUGUUCUCCAGCAGGCGAUUUGAUCAUUAUCGAGAAUAUCAGUCCGAAAAAAUAUUACGAUCUUGCAGGAUGGUACAUCGAACGGCAGACAGACAAUUUCCCCAUGCUUCGAUAUAUCAUCAAAAAUCAAUUUAUUAUUCCGCCAUCGACGACUGUUGAACUCUGGUCAAGUAUAGCGGAACCCGAUCCUGUUCCACCCGAAAGUCAAGACCAACAGCAGCAGUCGUUUGUUAGUGUCAAAACGAAGAUUUUAACCUGGAAUAAAGCUCGACAAUGGAGUAUUACCCGACUGUUUGAUCACACCGGACGUCAACGCGCGAUAUUCUCUCAUCGGACAUUGUCAUCCUCAGAUAAUGAAAAUGAAUAA